AUGUCGAAGACGAGGAAGCAUGGAAUCUAUCGAUACCCAUGCACCGCUUACGACCUCAAAGUUCUCGAAAAGGACAUAUCCAUCCUCAUGGAAUCAGCUAGCCGCGAAAAACGAGCAGUGGUGUGCGCGCCGGCAAAACGUGGUGCUCCUGGGAAGCCUGGUAAGGAUGGAAAACAGGGCAACGACGGAGCACCAGGGAUACGGGGGAAGGAUGCUAGAGAUAUCCUCGCCGAGCAGGAAGAAAAGUGUAUUAUUUGUCCUGCCGGUGAGAUGGGACCCAUGGGACCACCAGGCGAUCGUGGCGAGCCUGGGGAGAAGGGAUCGAAGGGCCAGUCAGGCACUCCCGCAACUGAUGGCAUUGACGGUUCGUUUUAUGUUCUUUAG